UGGCCACAGUGUUGACCAAAACCCCCAAAAAAGGACAUAGGUUAUGUCGAAGGCUAUAGGGUAAAAUUGAGUCUAAGCGAAGCAGCACGAACCAGAGAUUCCUCUUACUCCCAAAUAACAUCGUUUUUUCACUUUGGCGCCCUUUCCUUGAAACCCCUCCGCUAAAAUCCGUCAAGAUUCCUCCUACUGUUUCCCCAAUUUCUCUCUUCCGAUUCCCAUUCCCCUCUCCCCCUUUUAUAUGUAGUCAACUCAUACUAUUAUUAUAAAGCAUCACUUAUUUCUCUUGCGUCUCUAUCACUCUUCUCAAUGGCUUCCGAGGAACAAUUGUCUGUAAUUAAGGGUGCUAAAGUGCUCAUGGUUGGUGCUGGUGGUAUCGGGUGUGAGCUGCUUAAGACACUUGCUCUUUCUGGGUUCGAAGACAUUCACAUCAUUGAUAUGGAUACAAUAGAAGUCAGUAACUUAAAUAGGCAAUUCCUGUUUCGACAAAAACAUGUUGGACAAUCUAAGGCUAAAGUUGCUAGAGAGGCUGUCCUAAAAUUUAGGCCUCAUAUUAAAAUUACUCCAUACCAUGCAAAUGUAAAAGAUCCAGAAUUCAAUGUGGAUUUUUUCAAGCAAUUCAGUGUUGUACUUAAUGGACUUGACAAUCUAGAUGCUAGGCGACAUGUGAAUCGCCUUUGUUUGGCAUCCGGUGUCCCAUUAGUUGAAAGUGGGACUACCGGUUUCCUUGGCCAGGUCACGGUACAUGUGAAGGGUAAAACAGAAUGUUAUGAAUGUCAGCCUAAACCAUCUCCAAAAACUUACCCUGUCUGUACAAUUACAAGUACUCCAACAAAGUUUGUUCAUUGCAUCGUAUGGGCAAAAGAUCUACUGUUUGCAAAGCUUUUUGGGAACAAGAAUCAGGAAAAUGAUCUUAAUGUGCGUUCUACUGAUGCUUCGAGCUCAUCAGAACAUACAGAGGAUGUUUUUGAGCGUAGAGCUGAUGAAGAUGUUGAGCAGUAUGGGAGGAGAAUAUAUGAUCAUGUUUUUGGUUACAACAUCGAAGUAGCAUUACGUAAUGAAGAGACGUGGAAGAACCGUCACAAGCCUAGGCCUGUAUACACCAGGGAUGUAUUGCCACCACGACCAGUUGAACAGAAUGGUAACAAGGAUAAAGCUUCAAACACUGGUGACCCCUCUUCAGUAUCUGCAAUGGUAUCUCUGGGCCUUAAAAAUCCUCAGGAUUUGUGGAGUCUAAGGGAAAAUUCUGAAGUAUUUCUCGAGUCAUUAAGGCUCUUUUUCCUGAAAAGAGAGAAGGAAAUUGGCCAGUUGGGUUUUGAUAAGGACGACCAGUUGGCUGUAGAGUUUGUGACUUCUGCAGCUAACAUUCGUGCCGCUUCUUUUGGGAUUCCGUUACAUAGCCUUUUUGAAGCUAAAGGUAUUGCUGGCAAUAUCGUUCAUGCCGUUGCAACAACAAAUGCCAUCAUUGCAGGCUUGAUUGUUCUUGAGGCAAUGAAGGUGUUGCAAAAUGAUGUAAAAAGCUACAGGAUGACGUAUUGCCUUGAACAUCCCUCAAGAAAGAUGCUUCUCAUGCCAGUGGAGCCCUUUGAGCCAAACAAGUUUUGUUAUGUUUGUUCCGAGACACCUUUAACGCUUGAGAUUGAUACUCACCGUUCGAAGUUGAGGGAUUUUGUUGAGAAGAUUGUUAAAGCAAAACUUGGCAUGAGCCUCCCAUUGAUCAUGCAUGGGGUGGCACUUCUUUAUGAGGUGGGUGAUGAUCUUGAGGAAGACGAGGUUGCAAAUUAUGCAGCAAACCUUGACAAGGUGCUAUCUGAGCUUCCUUCUCCGGUUACUGGUGGUACAAUUCUCACAGUUGAGGAUCUUCAGCAAGAGCUGAAAUGCAGCAUCAAUAUUAAGCACAGAGAGGAGUUCGAUGAGGAGAAAGAACCUGAUGGAAUGAUUCUCUCAGGAUGGACACCAGCUCUUGCAACAGAAAAGAACAAGACAUCGGACAAUGGCCCGAGCUCGUCCAAUGCAUCUGAGACAGCUCCGCUGGAGCCGGAGGAUGAUGAUGAGAUAGAAAUUAUUCUCAAAGACCCUGAAAUUCUUGCUGCUGGGAAGAAAAGAAAGUCGUCUGAUGUUUCACUUGCUGCCUGUUCAGAGAUAUCCAGUGCCACUGGUGAAAUGCUGACUAAAAGCAAGGUGGAAGAGGAUGAUAGUCAUAGUGAUAUUGUCACGGUUGAUGGAAAUUUAGACACCACCAAGAAAAAGAGGGUGCAAUAACUUUUUCUUACAUCUUAAUUUUAGCUGUGCAUCUGUCUAACUUUGUACAAUAUAGGGAGAAACAUUGAUUCUUUGCCACUUCCUAACUUACGAGUUGAUCCUUAGGUGCAAACUAUAUAAAGUUUUGAUACUGGCAUGAUGCCUCCAGUGACUCCAGUUCUAAUUUAUUCACUUGGAGCAGUCUUGAUUCCGACUUGACAGACAUAACCGUCUAAAGAAUGUGAUUCUCACUAUUUUACAUGGUACUCUCAAAUCAGGUGACUUAAUAUUAUGUCUCCUGUCUUUAGUUA